AUGAAGAGCGACAUGAUUCACAGAACCAACAGCGAGGGCGGCGCCUCGUCCACUGGCUCGUCGCAAAAGAUAUGGCGGCUCCCCUCCGCCAUUCGCAAGCCCUUUCGCAGCUCUAACAAGGACGACAAGAACUGGACUAACAAGCCAGGCGGCCCCUCUGUUGACACCGAAUCCCCCGACCCCCCCGUCCACGAACCCAGCUCGAUCCACGAAACCGUCGAGUCCAACUACCGCCAGCUCCAGACCCUCGUCGCGCGCAUGCGAGGCGCUCCCUCGGGCCCCAGCCACGUCGACGGCGCCUACAAAGAGUUUGCCAAGAUCAACGAGCGAUGUGCCGCUCUCUGCGACGCCAUACUCCGGGAGGAGAUCAAGACACCGCGCACCCUCUCCAACGCCGCCGAAACCGGCUCAUUGACUCGCCAGGACUCCGCCGCAGACACGCCUCGCAGCCCGAGCGCCCUCUUUGACCAGAGGAGUUCGUUUAGCGGCCGCAGCUUAGCCGAGGUCGUCACGGCCGGCGGUAGUAGGGGUCAUGGCAGUGACCACUGGCUGACGCCCAUCCGGGACUGGAAGACGUGUCUCGAGGUGCUGGCCGAGCACUUCAAGCUCAGCCUUGCCGAGACGUACAUGAGCUAUGAGCGGGAUGCCACGCCCGAGAUGCUCGAGGCCUUGUUCACGAGCAAGAAGUUCAGGAGAGACGCGGUCCACCGGAUGCGCAAUGCGAGCGUCACCAAGAUCCUGUCUGCCGAUCCUCAAUUUUUCCCGCGAUAUGAGAUACGCUUUAGAAACUACGAGAGGGUCAAGCAGGAGCUCAGGGAUGUUCGAAAGCUGCUCCAGGCGGGCGAGUCGGGCAUCUCCCCGGGCAGAGUCAUUGAGGAAUUUCCCAUUGCCCCUCGCGGGGAUGCUGUUCUCGAGUUUGCCAACCUGGGGUCCGAUGCCACGGGCAACGAGCCUGCCUUGCGGUUUCGCGUCUCCUCUGCCCUGCUGGCAGAGACGUCGCCCGUCUUUGCGCGCAUGUUCUCUGGCAACGCCAGCAGCCACUACCUGCACGAGGCUGACGACGUAUCCCAUCUGCUCCCGCCGCCGCCGGUGCCGUACUUCUGCGACGACGGGUCCGAGGUCAAGCUGUACCGGAUGCCGCAGCAAGAGUUCAACCACCACGGCUCGCUGGAGAUUCUGCUCCAUGCCGCCCACAUGCACAACGACAAAGUACCCAGAGACGUGACCUUUGAGCAGUUUGUUUCCAUUGCUGAGUGCUGCCUGAAGUUCAAGAGCACGUCGCCACUCGAGAUGGUCGUCGAGCACAGAUGGCUACCGCAGUGGAUGCACAAAGGAGCCGACGACAUGCCGGACGGCCUACUCAUCAUCAGCUAUGCCUUUGGGCUUCGCCAGCUCUUCACCCGAAUGUCCAAGAGCGCCAUCCUCAACCUUGCCGACGAGAAGGACCUGCACAGCAAGCCCUGGCCCAAGAAAAUCAAGGACAAGGUCUGGGCGGUUCGCUGCGCCAAGGUAGACCAGCUGUAUGCGAGCUGCGCCAGCACCAUCCAAGAGUACAUUCGUCCACCAGCGCAGGGCACGGCUUCGUCGGAAGCCAAACAGCACAUAUCCCUCUCUGAUCUCGACAGCCAUCUCUCCUCUCCCAUCCAGCCCGCCAUGACGCUCACGAGCACCCCAAGAUGCCCCAAAGGCAACCACUGGUGCGACGCCUCCAAUCUGGGGUGGAUGAUGCUGGUGUACAACGAGCUCGGCCUGCUGCCAACCAUUGUGCAGCCCGCCGUGAUGACGCACGUUGCAAACGCACAGGCGCCUCCGUCCAAGAGCCUGGCACAGAUGAUGGAAACGCUCCGCUCGACCCCGAGCCCCCCUGCGCCGCUUCACCCUGGAAGUGUCUGCGAUCCUGCCCCCGCGUUCCGAGCGGCCGUCGCCGACAUUUACAACAGCGUCACCGGCUUGACUCUGUUUGAUAUAAGCGGCAAGAGCCACGGUUGGGCGCUCUCGAAACACAAGAUGUCGGAACCGCAGUUGCUCUUGACCGCGGGGCUCAACCGGAUGGCUGCGCAUGAGAAGAUCCACAGCGUCGUCACCGAGUUCCCAGAGGAGGUUCGCCUGCAGAUACUGGGCGAGAUGGAGGAGCUGGAGGAUCUGCAGGCCGCGGCCAGGAUCAACCGCGCCUUUUACGAAACAUACAAGAGAAACGAGCUACACCUCAUGCGCAACAUCCUGCGCGCCGAUCGGAUACGCUGGGGAAGCAUAGGGCGCUACUCGCUGGACGACGACAGGGCGGAAAGCAAAGUGUUGAAGGAGGAGUCGGAUAGGCUCAAGGAGAGGGGCUUUGGCGACGGCGCCGAUGCGAUCACCCUGAGGAGUGAAGAGGACGAGGGGCUGUAUGACUCGGACGAAGAUGACGAUUCCAGUGUCGAUCCGCUGACUCGGCACGGAUCCAUCUCGUCCCAGGGAGGCCGACUUCAUACGAACAACGACGUCGAAGACGAUAUCGAUAUUCUGACCCGCGAUCCUCCACCACCGUUCCAGCCGAAAGAGUCUAAUCCUCCGCCGCCUCUGCUGCCGGUUACCACUACCGAGGCCCAUGAGGGCUCUGACAACGACGAUGAUACGGCCACUCCGACGACGCCUCGGCAGCGCCCCUUUGAUCCCUUGGACGAACUAGCCACUCCUUCGGACGAGAGCAGUGUCGUUUCGCCAGAAGAUGUCGAGGAGCCCCCCAUGACGGAAGAAGAAGCCCGCAGGAUCUUAUGGCCCGACCACGUGGUUGUCACUCCACCCCCGCAGCGAGGCGCAGUCCAGCCCGGCGUCGAGGGGCUGCGGGAGAAGUUCCGCGUUGGCGACAUCUCCUUCCUCGAGGGCCUCGAGGACAAGACGCUGGCCAAGGCGGAGACGAAGCUGCUGCGGAGCGACCACGACGAGCGGGCGGCGAGCCUGCUCAGCAAGCAGGAGGGGGGGCGCCCGAGCUCGAGCUCAUCGACGGCCAAGAGCGUGAACGGGGUUCAGCAUAUAGAAGAGGUUGUGGGGGCUCGAAAGGGGGGCGAUGACGAGAUGGAGUCGGCUCUUUCUUGAACCU